AUGCCAUUCAAUAAUGCACAGCUGACCCUCAAAUUUUCUACUAUUUCCCAUCCCUUUCUCCCAAAACUAUCAUCAACCCAAAGCUCCAAUUCUUAAACCCAAAGCUACUUCUGCUACUGCUGUUGUUUGCUGCUUUUUUUGUGAUUUUUUUGAGGUCUGGGUAUGGCGGAAACAGGGAAGCCGAUAGAGGUAAUAGCCAUGGAAGCUCUGGGAAAAGGCUUUGAUAUAACUGGAGAUUUCAGGUUGAAAUACGCUAAAGGAACGAGGCUGGUCGUGCUCGAUGAAACCAAUAAAAGAGACAUUGUGUUCCCAGGUGCUGGUUUUACUAUCAAAGCUGUUUCUCAAGAUAUCCGUCUUGAUAAAGGCGACCGUAUUCGUUUCAAAUCUGAUGUUCUUGAAUUCAAUCAGAUGUCCGAGUUACUUAAUCAGAAGUCUUCAAUACAAGGAAAAGUUCCUUCGGGCUAUCUUAACAGUAUUUACGAUUUGACUGGAGACUGGCUUCAUGAUGCUGCAGACACCAAAAACCUUGCUUUCGAUGGUUACUUUAUUUCUUUGUAUCAUUUACACCUUACAGCAUCUCCACUUAUACUGAACGACAGAGUCAAGAAGUCUGUUCCACCUCACUGGGAUCCAGCAGCAUUGGCUAGGUUCAUCCAGACAUUUGGGACACACGUAAUAGUUGGCAUGGCUAUUGGAGGUCAAGAUUUAAUAUGUGUGAGACAAAACAAUUCCUCUACAAUUCCUACGUCCGACCUCAGAGGGUAUUUGGAGGAUCUCGGAGAUGUUAUGUUUUCUGACGGAAAUAGCCCUUCGUUACUACAGAGAAAAUCUCGGGACGGCAAGCAAAAAGUGCCAGACGUCUUUAACCGCAUUUUGCAGUCAAACUCCAUGCAGUUGGCCAGUGUUGCAGAAACAUCGAGCAAAGAUGGACUCACUAUCAUUUGUUCAAAAAGAGGUGGUAAUGUGUUCUUGCAUAGUCACUCUAACUGGCUUCAGACAGUACCUACUAAGCCAGAAGGAAUUUUGUUCAAAUUUGUACCGAUUACUUCUCUUCUGACCGGGAUUCCCGGAAGUGGGUAUCUUAGUCAUGCGAUCAACUUAUACCUUCGUUACAAGCCUGUUCCCGAGGAUUUAAGGUAUUUCUUGGAGUUUCAAGUUCCACAACAGUGGGCACCUAUGUUCUCCGGUCUGCCACUUAGGCAUCAGACAAAAAAAGCUUCUUGCCCCUCCCUGCAAUUCGCUUUCAUGGGUCCUAAGAUGCAUGUCAACUCAACUCAGGUUUCAAGCGAUUUAAAACCAGUAGUUGGCCUCCGGUUGUACUUGGAAGGUAAAAAAUGCAACCGGUUAGCAUUACACAUACAACAUCUCUCGAGUCUUCCGAGUCUAAUGUCGUUCACAUCAGGCAAACCUAGCCAAUGGCGAGGUUCCGACGACUAUAUGUCCAACGAUCAAUUUUUAGAGCCGGUCAGAUGGAAACGAUACUCGCAUGUAUGCACAUCUGUCGUUAAACACGACCCUAACUGGCUGCAAGAAGUUUCAGGUGGCGUUUUUAUCGUAACCGGCGCACAGCUGCUCAGCAAAGGGAAGUGGCCAAAGACGGUUUUGCAUCUCCGUCUGCAUUACACUCAUAUACCUCACUGCACAAUCCGGAGGACCGAGUGGGGGGCUGCACCCGAAACUUUCCGUAAGGGUAGUUUCCUCACUAAUCUAAGCAUGACUUUUUCGUUCACGUCGGCUACGAACGGACAACAGAAACAAGCCCCAACCGCACUUAAUUCGGGCGUGUACCCUGACGGUCCACCGGAACCGAUCCGAUCAAAAAAACUGCUCAAAUAUGUAGAUGUAUCCGAGGUUGUGAGGGGUCCACAUAAUGCUCCGGGACAUUGGUUGGUAACUGCUGCUAAACUUGUCAAUGAGAGUGGGAAGAUUAGCUUACAAGUGAAGUUUGCGUUGUUGGAUUAUCCAUGAUUUUUUCAGCCUUUCCUUUUUCUUUUUUGUAAUGAUAAAAUUUCAGGUUUUAUUGUA